AUGGGCACUGCAGCAGCUGUGUAUGUCUCUAUCAUUUCUCUAGAGGACCCCUGUGGCCCUUGGGUGUGGCUGCGUGCUGCUGCUCCUGAGCUAUCAGAAGCUGCAACGGCAGCUGCUGCUGCAGCAGACAGUGCUGCUGUUGCUGCAGCAAGAGCUCUUCAGCGGCUGCUUCUGCAGGAAUCGGGAACUGCAGAGCUCACUGACCACUGGCCCUACGGAGGCGCCUGGCGUCUUUCCAUCCUGCGGCCCCCUCUCCGCAGCAGCAGCAGCAGGAGCAGCAACAACAAUAACAGCGUUGCCUUUGAACAAUCCGAAUAUGGUGACAGGUGGCUGUACACCGCAGUUACAGCCGCGGCUUUCCCUCCUGCUGCUGCAAAGUCUCUGCUGCUGCAGCUGCAGCAGCAGCACCAGGAGGCGAAGCAGGAAGCCCGCAGCAGCAAAUGCAGCAGCAGCAGCUACAAUGCAGCAGUGACCACUCUCCUGAGGGAGCGCAUGCACCAGUUGCUGCUCUCUUUCAACACUGCGUCCCUGCCGCUGAGUAUCUUCAUGCUGCAGCAGCAAAAGCAGCAACGCCAGCAACAGCAGCAGCUGCAGCAGCAAGCGUCCCUAAUGGGUGGCCGCUCUUUACUGCAGGCGGCCUGGGGCAUUGACUCUCCGCCCGUCACAAGGCACCAGCAGCAGCAGCAGCAGCAGCAGUUGCUGAUUCAGCAGCAGCAGAACCAUGAGCAGGGGACAUGCACGCCCCAAACGUUGGGCAGCAGCACCCGAGGAACCCUGCAGCAUCCCAUUCCUGCUGCUGCAACUAACUCGCCAGCUGCUGCAGAAGCAGCAGCAGCGUCUCCAAGCAGCAGUUGGGGUUGCAGUAGUGUAAGGUAUUGGCCCUUUGGUGCUGCUGGGCAAGAGCAGCAGCAGAAACGGCAGCAGCAGCAGCGGGAAGCACGCGUUCUACCUGAGUGGCAGCAGGGACUAGCAACGGCAGCAACAACAGCAGCAACGACAGCAGCAACAACAGAAGCAGCAGCAAUGACAGCAGCAGACAGUGAGCUUGCUGCAAUAGAACACACCUGCCGCCAAGCGGAGUCCUUGUGUGCGCUGCUGGCGGCAAAUUUGUCGCUGCAUGAGGAAGCAGCAGCAGCAACAGUAACUGCAGCAGAAGCUGCAACAGCAGCCUCCACAGCAGCAGGAAGGCACCGAAACCAAACAGCAGCAACAGAUGACGCAGCAAAGGCGCAGCAGCAGCCGCGACGGGAGCAGCAACAGCUCCUUCAGGGGCAGAACAGCAGAGGCGCGCUUGAUAGAAUGCAGCAACUGUGCAGCAGAAGCAGCAACUUGCUGCUGCUGCAAGAAAACGGCCGCAGCUGCUGCUGA